GCGGAGAACUGCCCAGGCGUGCAGGUGCACUUCCGGGUCACAGUGCCAGGCGCAGGCGCACUCCUCAGGGGCCAUCACCGUGGCAACCCAGGACGCACCAGCACACUUCUGCAUCCAUCGUCCCAAGCCCCAAGGCCACUUCCAGUCCUUCCUCUCCAGGCUGUGACCAGGGACGCGGACGCUGAUGGCCCAGGUUCUCUGGACCCCACCUCCCUGCCUUGUGGGAGUCCUCAAUGGAGCUCCUGCCUUCUGCCUCUUGCCUCCUGCCUCCUGCCUGGAUCCCACGGCGUAAGGCUUCCGGGACGGUGGAACUGUGAGGUAGCGGGUAAAGCCACCUCCACAGUGCAGGCAUCCCAUAUGGGUGUGGUUUCGAGUACGGCUGCUUCACUUCCAAUGCAGCUCUCUGCUGUGUUCUGCGAAGGCAGCAGAAGACGCCCCAAGUCCUUGUGCCUCUGCACCCAUGAGGAGUUCCUGGCAUGGCUCCUGGCUCCUGGCUUCCAAUACUCUCAGCUCAGCUCACUGCUGCCAGUUGAACAGUGCUCCAGCAGGCGUGUGAAGCUGUUGAACCUCCCCGCCAACCUCCUGCCACAGAAAAUGAAGAGAUUGCUGGGUCAGAACAUGUCGGCCAAGAGCCCCUUCAUCUACUCGCCGGUCAUCGCACACAACCACGGGGAAGAGCGCAACAAGAACACAGAUGUCCAGUGGAUUCAAGCGGACGUGUGUGAAGUCCAGCUGAUGAUGUACAACCCCAUGCCAUUUGAGCUCCGAGUGGAGAACAUGGGGCUGCUGACCAGCGGAGUGGAAUUCAAGUCGCUCCCCGCAGCACUCUCCCUUCUGGCCAAGUCUGGUCUGUACCCAGUGACGCUCGUAGGGGUCCUGCAGACGACUGGAACGAUCACUGUGAACAGUUACCACACCACCGUCUUUGGUGUUGUCAGUGACUGCCUGCUGGACCACCUCCUGGGAAUAAAGACCAGCAGCUCUACCAUGGAAGUUAUCCCUGCUUUGCGAAGACUGCAGAUCAGCACCUCCCUGCCCAGAUCGGCACACUCGUUGCAGCCUUCCUCUGGUGAUGAGAUAUCUACCAAUGGGUCUGUGCAGCUGUUCAACAGGGAGACUCAGCAACUCAUUGUCACCUUAGAAAACAUUGGCCUGGAACCCCUGGCGACACUGGACACCUCCAAACUGCUCCCCACCAAGGCAUCAUGGAGUUCUUCAUUGGAACGUGUGCUAAGCCCUAGCACUAAGAAUAAGGAGGUGAGCAGCCAAGAACAACACUGCAGCAAGGGCCGGACUGCUGGUGUCGGGGAGUGGCAGUGGAUUCCACAGGACCCUCAGGUUUGACCAUCCUCACCUGGUGAGUCUUCUUGAAAUGUUUGUGCAUAUCAUAUGCCAGUCCUGGACACAGGCAGGGGAUACUUGGGCCUUCAGGAGCCAGGGGGAAGGAAGAAAAAAUUGUGUAUUAUAUUGUCCAUUAUAAAUUGAAUGUUAUAUAUUGUUAUAAAUUUUUACUAUAUAUUAUAAAUUUUAUAUCAUAUGUUCUAAAGAGAUUUUAAAUUGUAUAUUGUAAAACAUACAUGUGCUCGGAGGUAUCACAUAGAGUUCCAGGAGGUGUGAGCCUACCUGGCUGAGUUCUGAUGCCAGGAUGGGUGAAGCAGCAGGUGAGUCAUCUUCUUUUGGGUGGGCAAUUAAGAUGCCCAGUGACUGUGUUAAUUUCCAGGUCUCUUGUUUUAUUUUCUGGGUUUAUAGUUCUACUUAGUGUAUAGGAGCUGAGAAAAUGGAUCUGGUCAUCGAGAAAGGAAAUUCCUGCUCGCAGGAUUUGCUUCCUGCUUUUCCUAAUUUGCUAAGAUAGUUUAUCUCAGUUUGCAUUGAAGGUUCUGCCACACAGCAGUGAGAGCAUUGAGUGGUAAACCCAAAAAGAUGGUUGCAUAUUGUUGUCAUUGCCCCACUGAAAUCUGAUUCUGCCUCUGUGCUAUCCAGUGUUUCCCUAAUUUUUUGAAAAAGUUCCUGAGGAAUACAUUGUUAUAUUGUGUUAAUGAAUGUGGUUAUGUGGGGAGACAUAUCAUGCAAAAUUUACAUGUCCCAGUCAUAUUAUUGCAUUGACUAGGAGUAUGGGGACUCCUAGUCAGAGGAUGGCACCGAAAUUUUUAGAAGUCAGCAUUACUUCCUAAGUAUAUUUGUUGCAGUUAUAAAACUAUUAAGGUUCUGAAUAACUCAAUACAGGUUCUUUUUACUUCUACAUUAGAUUUUGAAAUAUGAAAUAUUGAAAUCAUUUGGAUUAUGAUAUGUUUAGAGCAUUUUUAGGUCUGAGAAGGCAGGGGCAUUGUUUCUGCACAGUAUCCACAAUGGUUGCCACGUAAUUGGUUCUAAAACUUCGGUUGAUGAAAUGAAAUCCCUAUUUGUCCCUGUGUUUUAAACAACACAAAUUUUCAAAAUCCGUAGGUAUUGUGUUUUGUGGUUUGGAUCUUACAGUAUGUGGUGAAUGAAGUCUGCCUUCCUUCUGGUUAGCAGUUACUAGUGUUGACACCCAAGGGUCAUUCCUUGAACCUCAUCUUAUGAGAUGCUGACCAGUGACUACUCAGAAACCACCCCUUGAUGCAAGUCCUCAUGGAUGUUCCAGUUUCCUCAUUAUCCACUCUUGGUGUUCCUGUUAGUGCUGAUUGUUCAAAUCCAGAAGUUGAAAUGACCCCAUGUUAAAACUAAGUGUUUGUUCACACUGGUCUUCUCAUCCUAGACAGCCUUAUCUCUGUACUGUGUUUCAGGAAGGUCUUGGCUUUUUCUCCCAUCAUUAGCUAGACCUGUUUAUAUUGCCCAUGGUUUUCUCCUUUUGGCUAUUUUCAAACUUGAUCCUUGAUUCCAUAAUUCCUUUCCCUCACACACAACACACCAAGAAACAUCUGUUCUUUUGUUGUCUCAUGCUCCCAAUCCACAGAUGUUCUCUGAUAACAAUCACCAGGCAUCUCAAAGGCUGGCUGGUCCCUAUACCCUUCUCAAAGCCGCAGGAAUGUGGGAAUCUUUUGCUUUUUGCUUUUAUGUCUCAAUUCCAUCACUUUUUCCACGCCUCUGCUCCUGUGACCACCAUUAAACUUUAGCGUCUCCCACAAAAUCCUAGGCUAGCAAUUUCUAGUGUACUACUAAGAAGAAGUUAAAAUAUAGAAGCUUUCUGGGGAAAUUCCAAAAUUAGAGUGCUUUAUGCCAGACAUCUUUAAGAUGCUUUUCCUCUGUUUAAUGAAAGUCAGAUCUAUGGGGGAAAACUGGAUGGUGAGUUUGCUACAAACAAUGCCUUUGUUUCACCUUUAUACAAUUUUGUUUGUGAGUUAUGUAGGCCUCAAUGAUUAUGAAUGGGAAAACUAAAACUGUGACUUGCAGUUCAAUAUUGGAAAUAUUUGAAGCUUUCUACUGAAGUGCUAUAGUGAGAGAACAGGCAUGGAGUCCAGGAAAUCCUGCAAUGAAUUGGUAUAUGUGUAGUUUUCAGAGUGCAGCUUUCAAAGACAUUUAAACUUUGUAAACAUUUACUUUUUAAGGUUUGGCGAGGAUUCCACUGUAUGUGUAUCCCAUUUUUCCUUAUGGGUCCAUCAACAAACAUUUGGGUUAUUUCCGUAUGGUGAAAUUGUUAAUGAUGCUGAAGUGAAUGUGGAGGUGCAGACAGUUCUUUGAGAUGGUGAUUUUCUUUUGGAUUCAUGGCUAAUAAAGGUUGUUCCUUUUUAGAUUUUCUUUGAGGAACUUCCAUAUUGUUUUUCCUAAUGGAUGGUACAGUUUACAUUCCCUCCAAUACUGUGUGUUCUGUGUGCUCUACAUUGUGCCCAAUACUUAUCUUUUAACUUUUUAAUAGUAGCCGUUUAACAGAUAUGAGAUAAUAACCAUUGUCAUGUUGAUUUGCAUUUUGCUGAUGAUAGCAAUGUUCAGAACUUUUUCACAUACCCACUGGGUACAUUGUCUGUCUUUGUUGGAAAACAUUGAUUGAGUCCUUUGUCCUUUUGUAAUUGUAUUCUUUGCUUCUUAGUGUAUGCAUUCCCUGUAUUACUUCCUUGAUCACACAUAUGUUUUGUUAAUAUUUUCUCCUAUUCAUUGGUUUGCCUUUUCAUUUCAUUGAUCUUUGCUUUAUUGCUUUACUAGUUUGUUGUAGUUUCAUUUCCUUUUGUUUGCUUUUGCUCUCUGUUUUUAAUUAACACAUAAGCAACCGCUCUUGAGGCUAAUGUCAAGGAAUUUUCUAUUUUAUAAGUUGUAAGUGUUCAGAUCUUCUGUGUGGACUUCCAGUUCAUUUUGAGUUGAUUUUAAUAUGUGGUGUAACAAUGAUGCAGUUUCAGUUUUGGACAUGUGGUUAUCCAGGUUGCUUUUGUCUCAGAUGUGGGCCUUUAUGUCCAGUGACUGCAUGUUUGGUAACCCUGGUGGGCCAGGGUUCCCAGUGUCUUCAUUUGGAUCCCUUAAACCAGAUGCUGUGGCUGGAGUUGAGGAGGAGCUUGACAUGUGUGGUGAUUGGGGAGUAGGAGUCCAUGCAGUGAUGGGGUCAAGACAGGGGACUGUGGCCUCCUCCUCUGGAAGCCAGGGCUAUAUGAGGGUAUGUCCCAAAAGUUUUUUGAAGGGUAGACAUUUGGCAUAGUGGGAAAGACAAUGCUCAGGAUACCAGUGGCAGCCCGUGAUGGCUUAAGUAGUGGGAUUCUUGCUACCACAUUGGAGACCAUCUCCCAGCUUCAGCCUGGGUCAGAUCAGCCCUGCGUAUUUUGAGCAUUUGGGUAAUGAACUACUAGAUGGGUGGUGUCUUUAUCUUUCUCUCUCUCUCUCUCUCUCUCUCUCUCUCUCUCUGCUCCUCCCCCUUAUUGAUUGAAAUGAAUUGCAAUAUUAAAACUAGGAGGAAACAUAGACACGGAUGAUUAUUGCAGUAGCAUUAGAUUAUUGAGUAAUUUCCUAGAAUCAUACAGGUGGAUGUUUGUAGCUCACAGUAAUCCAUUACAUCUGUUAUUAGAAAAUGAAAUAAAGGUUAGCUCAAGGCUCUAUCCAUAAAAUAAUGUCGAAAGAUUAAUGUAGAUUUGAUCAGUACAAAUUUUAUAUGAGUAUUGAAAUGUCACACUAGCCCAUAAAUCUGUACAACUCUUGUUGAUAAAAUGUAAGUAAAAAUAGCAGCAUGUUACUUGGUGUAUAAAGUUAAGGGGUUUAAAUGAUUAAUGUCACAACUGAUAUUAUGGUAUUUGAAAAUGGUUAAUUAAGACAAGCAAAACCAGAACCUGUAAAUAACUGAACUGUUCUUUCUUGUCAUGCUCAUUCGAAAGGCUACUAUGCUGUGUUUUAAGAUGGGAAUGGAUAUUUAUUUUAGAUUGUUUCCUCUAAUUAAGAAAAAUGGUAGUAUGUUUUCAUGUGUAUGUGUAAUUGAAUAGCAUCAGAGCAAUACAAUGAGUAGGAGAUAAGCUUUUUUUCAUAUUUGGGAUUUUACUGUUUUUUGAGAAUCACUGCGGAGCCAUUUCAGUUUGCACACUGUUCUUAACAAACCAAAAAUUUAAAAAGUGAGGGCUUCCAAAUGGUAGAGUUAGAAACGUGCCAGGGGAUUCCAAUUCAGUUCCAUCAAGGUGGCACGUACCAAUGCCAUCUGACUAGUCCAAGUGAUUAAUUUCAGUUCACAGUUGACCCUGAUAGAUCUAAGAGUCAAAGGGAUCACAUAAACAAGACUAGUGUCUGCUGAUACUAACUGAUAGAAUUAAAAAGGGAGAGAACGAUCCAACAUGGGAAGCAGGAUACACGGCAGACUCAUAGAAGGGCAGAUGUCCUAAACAGCACUCUGGCCACAGAAUCAGCCCUUAAGGCAUUUGGAUCUGGCUAAAGAGCCCACGAGAGUAUUUUAGGCCUGGAAAGCCAAGACACUCUGGCCAAAAAACAGACAAAGAAAAAAAACAAAAAACAACAACAAAUGAAAGAUCUCUGCAAGUGAGUUCCCAGUGGAAAGAACGGGCCAUCAAAGAAGGAGGUGCCUUUCUCUGAAAGGAGGAGAGAACUUCCACUUUUUUUUUCUUGGGGAAUUUAGGAUUAUUCUCUCAUUCUGUAAAACAUGUCAUUGGUGUUUGAUAGGAAUUUCAUUUAUUUUGUAGGUUGCUUUAAGUAAUAUAGGUAUUCUAAUUAUACUAAUUCUUCCAAUCCAUGUGUAGGUUAUAUUUUUCCAUUUUGGGAGUCCUUGAUGAUUUAUUUCUUCAGCGUUUUAGAAUUUUCAUUGUAGAUAUUUUUCACUUAAUCGGUUGCAUUUAUUCCUAAAUGUUUUAUUUUUGUCCCUAUUGCGUAUGGGAUUAAUUGUUAGAUUUCAUUUUUGGCAAGCUGGUUAUUAGAAUAUAAAAAAGCAACUGUUUAUGUAUGUUGAUUUGUAACCUGUAACGUCACUGAAUUGGUUUUUUAUCUUGAACCAUUUUUUGGUGGAGUGUUUACAUUUUUCCAUGCACAACAUCAUGUAUUCUACAAUGUUGUUGAAUUCAGUUAUUGUUAACAGUUGUGUUGAGGAAUAUGUAAUGUCAUAAAUAUAAGAACAUGUCAAAAAUGCUUGAAGGUUACCUGUGGAAAAUUUCUCUGUCGUUUGCCAUAUGGGAAUUAGAGUAGUACCUGGUAGACUUGUGGACUGCCAUUGCUAAUGGGUGCAUGCACCCACACAGCUUCCAGUGGGCUGCCUCUGUGGUGCCUCCAGGGCUCAUGGUCUGUUAAUAGGAUCUGGCUGGCCUUCAGUUGUCACCUAGCAUCCACCUGUGACACUAUGUUGAGGACAUCAUUUCAACUGAUAAUCAAGAGGAGGAGGAAAAAUGGGCCUCGAACAUCAGCAACUGACUUCUUGACCGAGUGGGUGUGGACCUUAGUUCCACACGAGAUGAGAGCUUGCAACCUCAAUAUUUUGGUUUAUCACUGCUUUCCGUGUCCCUCCACAGACUCCCAGUGAGACAGUGAAGCUUCUUAAGGGAAGGCCUAUACUCAAGGUUGUGUGCAGAGUGUUGCUGGCAGCAGCAUCUAAGUAACAUGUUCUCAUGGGAUCAUUUCAGACAUUGGCACCUCCACCUGGGUAAUGCAGAGUCUUGUGUGCUGUGGGAUGGUAAGUCUGGAUGCACCAGAUGACUGCUGGCUGCCCCUCACAUGCUGCCAAGUACCACCCACGACAUGGUUAAAAAAGUUGAUGCCUCAUCUGCAACUGUCUCAGGUGGUGAAGUGCUGUAUCUCAGACACCAAGGAAGUCCACACAGAUGUACCCACCUUGCUGUGGAUGGAGACACAAAGCCUGCUCAAAGACUGGACAGGGCCAUAUUGAGAAGGGCAACCUUGCUGUGUUCCUGACAGGAUGUAGUCUAUAAAUCACCAGGCAACAGAGUUGGCAGCUGGCAGCUCUCACUGAACUACAUCAAGUUCCUGUCCAACUUGUCUGGAAAGCUCAAACAGAUGGUGUCAUGUUUGCGCAGAGGGUGAACAUAAACUGUCCCUUUUUCUGCUGCAGUGGGUGUCCAGAGCAUGUGAAACACCACACUACAGCAGGAGCCUCUUUGUUUCAAUGGACAGUGUACAAUUAAGAACAAAAGAGAGCCACUGAGGCUGUUAGGCAUUCUUCAGCGAGUAUGUGCAGCCACCACCCCCGAAUGGCAAAGCUGCCCCUAGGACAGUCCCAAACAAUCUGCCUUGGACCCAGUGGAAUUAUUUAUUCACUUACUUAAGCAUUAUUCAUUAUGUUUCAUUGAAAGACAAGAAAACAGAUUUCCCAUUGGCUGGAUCACUCCACUUGAGUGGCAAGGGCCCAAGUAUCUGAGCCAUCCUCUGUUGUUUCCCAGGGUAUGCAUGAGCAGGAACCUGGAUUUGAAUGCGACAGGUAUUGAUCCUGGAUACUCUGUGAUGGGGUGCUGCCACCAAAAAUGAUGUCUUUAAUUCCCAUGCCAAAUACAGUGAAUUGAAGCCUUUAUAUUCUGAUUAGAAUGGCAGUGUGAGAUAGAGAAAGAUGUUUCCAUCUGUUGACCUCAUGACCAAAGCCUGCAAACAUUAUGGAAGGGCUAGGCCAAAGUCAGAAGCCAGGAACUCCAUCCAGUUCUCUUAUAUUGGUGGAAGAGACCUAAGUAACUGACGCAAUGCCUGCUCUCCAUCAGAGUGUGCAUUAGCAGGAAACCUGACUGCAGGAAGAUUAUACUGAAAUCCAGGUGCUCUGAUAUGGGACAUGGGUAAACCAAAUGGCAUCUUAACAACUCUGUCACAGUUCCUUGGCCAUUGUUAUAUAUUAAUGAUUUUUUGUUUGGAAAAAAAUAUUAUUGAGGGAGAGACAGAUCAUCCAACCCACUACCUCACUCUCCAAAUGGCUGCAAAGCUACAGAUUAGCCAAGGUGAAGCCAGGAGCAGGAUCUCCAUCAUCUUCUCCUACAUAGGUUGCAGAGGGCUGAGAUCUUCCGACAUCACCAACUGUCUAUCCAUGCACCUUAGGAGGAAGCUGUACUGGAAAUAGAGUAGCUGGGCAUGACCCAGCACUACAGUAUGAAAUGGAAGCAUUGUUAUCUGAAGCCUUACCUACUGUGCCAUAGCAAAGAGCUGGAUGGGAAGUGGAGCAGGUGGAUCUUGAACCAGCACCCACAUGGGAUGCUGGUGCUUCAGGUCAGGGCAUUAAUCCGCUGCACCAUAGCACCAGCCCCAGCAUUUACUUUUUCAUUUAAAGGCCAACAAUGCACCUUUAUGAGACUUCAAGUGGGCUGCUUCUAUGGUCCUGCAGGGCUCAUGGUCUGUUAAUAGGAUCUGGCUGGCCUUCAGUUGUCACCUAGCAUCCACCUGUGACACUAUGUUGAGGACAUCGUUUCAACUGAUAAUCAAGAGGAGGAGGAAAAAUGGGCCUCGAACAUCAGCAACGGACUUCUUGACCGAGUGGGUGUGGACCUUAGUUCCACACGAGAUGAGAUCUUGCAACCUCAAAUUUUUGGUCUAUAUUUUGAAAAAGGAAUUCAGAAAAAAUCCUCAAGAAAUCCACAUAUAUCUCCUUUUCCUCAGUGAUUCGGUUUCAACCAAGGAAGCCCAGCACAUUUUCACCUUCUGGUAACACCAAUUUCCUCACCUCUAGUGAACCCUAAGACCCACUUAUCUCACCAGUCACCCACAAGGAUGCACCUUGGUCAGGCACACUUCCAAAGAAAAACACUAAGGACUACUCUGUGGAUAGUUUUUGGUUCUGAGGGUCACAUGGGUAAAGGACUUCAAAUUAGCUUUGAGCUAUUAGUGACACUACUGUUUGACUCACAGAGAGUUUGGACUACCUCCCUCAGCAUCAUGAGCUGGGUCCUUGCCUCCAGCCACUGAGAAUCUCUUGUUAAAUGGAAGUGGUAUUUCAGAGACCAAACAAACCCACACCCUGAGGAGUCUGUGUCCUUAAUGAGGAUGUCAGACACUUUGUCUAUUUGGAGAGCCACCAUCAGUCAUCUCACAUCAGCUACCUCCUUCCAGAUACAGGGGUAGUGUCAUGUGUCUCAAGGGGUAGAACUUGUGAUCAUCCUACUUGACAUUGAGCAGUCCAGCCACACUCAAGGGCAUCUUGAAAGUCACAUGUCCACCAAUUCUAGGGACAUCACCAAUUGCUAAUGGCCUUUUGUGGCCUCAGACUGGACCAUCCAUACCCUUACGUUGGAGUACCCCGUUUGGUGGAUCACUGUUGAUACCUGUGCUACUGGCCUAACCUCCCUGACCAACUCAGCUAUUUUGCUUGCCAAAAUUCUACUGCCUUUUAAUGUAGCAAAACUGCACUAUAUAUUAUCUGCAUCCUUGCUUUCAUAGUGGAGCCUCCCUGGCUUAUAUGAUUUGGGACAUCAUAGGCCUAUCAACUUGGAUUUGAGCUUGUAGCUUUCCUGUUGUAUCCAUGUCAGUUGUGGAAUUCUCCCAGGAAUGCCUGCUGUACAGACAAAACUGUCAUUCCUUCUUCUCGCAUGGUUGCAUUUGGAGUGGUGAUUAUUCACAUGCUACCUGGCAAGUGGAUUUUAUUGACCUGCUGUAGCAAAUGGCAGGUGCUUACUGUUAUGUAAGCCUACACCAGACUUCUCAUUGCUUCUUUGUUAAUGGCUGAAAUUGUCAUCAGAUUCUAAGUACUACAUCCCUGGUGCAUUAAACAUGUCACCAAAAGUAUCUGAAAUACUUAGUUCCUGGCCAUUUGGUGUUUACACAGUGAUGGAGUUUCUAGUUCAUGUGAAGGGUUUUUUAAAAAAAAUUUUGAAAUCAAUAAUUAUACAUACUUUAAAGGCUACUGUGUGACAUUUUGGUACAUGUCUGCAAUGUGUCCUGAUUAAAAAGGGAUGAUCAAUAUUUCCCUUUAUUUGUCAGUACUUAAUGAUUGACGUCUUGGAAUUCCUUGUAUAUGUUCAUUCAACACAUACUCAGUUAUUGUGAGCUAUCCUCUCCAUUAUUCUGUGUAACAUUAGAAAGUUACUCCUUGAUCUAACUCUGAUUUGGUACCCAUCAUCCAAACUCCUUGCAUUUUCCCUCCAAUCUCUUACAUCCCUUAUUAAUUAUUAUGUAUUCACAUAGGUGUAUUUUAAAGAUUUAUUUAUUUUUAUUUGAAAAGCUGAGCUACAGAGAGAGGGAGAGACAGAGAGAUGUUUUCCUUCUGCUCAUUCAUUACCCAAAUGGCUGCAACAACUGCAUCAGAACAAAUUCGAAGGCAGGAGCCAGGAGCUUUUUCUGGGUCUCCCAAAGUGGAUGUAGGAGCCCAAACAGUAGGGCCAUCUUCCAUUGUUUUCUCAACCCAUAACCAGUGCGCUGGUUCAGAAGAGGAGCAGCAAGGAUAUGAACCGGUGGGUGCCCACUUGGGAUUCUGGCACCACAGGCAGAGCCUUAACCUACCAUGCCACAGCACUGGCCCCUGAUUGUUUUAGCUUGUGUUUGUGAGGGAGUGGGUACAGUAUUUGUCUUUCUGUGUCUGGAUUGUUUUCACUUACCUCCAGUUCCAUACAUCUUGCUUCAAGUGACAGAGUGUCAUUCUUUUCAAAUGGCUGGAUAGUAUUCUGUUUCAUAUAUAUACAACAAACUCUUGACCCCUUCAUCUGAUGAACUCUCAACUCAUUUUGUUUGCCAAGAUACUAUUCCCUUUUAGUGAGACAAAAAUGCAGUCUACUUUUUCUUCAUCCCUGCCCUCAUAGUGGAGACUGUGGUACCAAAAUGAGUUUGAACUGCUGGGCAUAUCUGAUUUGGGGACAUUGUCCUAUUGUGGUACCAGAAUGAGUUUCUUGACCCAGGCAUAUCUGAUUUGGGGACAUCUUAUGGCUGUCAUUUUGGAUUUCUGAUUGUGGUUUUCCUAUUCCAUCCAACUCAGUUGGAAAGUCCCCCAGGAAUGUCUGCUUUGCAGACAAAACUUCCAUCAUUCCUUUUUCUCCCGUGGUGGCAUUUGGAGAGGUGAUUACUCUCACAUGCCACCUGGCGGGUGGAUUUGAUUGGUCUGCUGUUGCAAGAGGCAAGUGAUUAUUAUCCUUGAUAACCACACCAGACUGCUCCCUGCUCUUUCCCUCAUGGCUGAAAAUGUGCUUCAAACAUGGGACUAUAGGUAGGUGAACUGCUUAGUUCCUUUCUGUGGGACAUGUACCCAGUGGUGGUGUUGCUGGUUCAUGGUAUGGUUCUGUGUUCUGAAAAUUUUGACAUUAACAAUAAUUUCACCUACCUAAGGGCUACAGUAUUAGGUCUGGGUGCAUGUCUGCAAUGUGUCCUGAUGAAAAAUGAGAUAAUCAACAUUUCCCUUCCUUUGUCAAUAUUUUAUGAUGGAAGACUUGGAAUUUCUUCUGUAUGUUCAUAUAAUACAUUCGAGGUUAUUGUGAGCUAGUCUUCUCACUGUGCUGUGUAACAAUAGGAAUUUAUUCCUUUGAUCUAACUCUGAUUCUGUGCUCCUCAUCAAAACUCCCUUCAUCCCCUGCAGUGGCUGCCAUCCUGUAUUAAUCAUUAUGCAUUUGGGUUUUUAGCUUGCUUAUGUGAAGGUUUGCAUGUGUUAUUUAUCUUUCUGUGUCUGGCUUUUUGCACUAAACACGAUACCCUCCAGUUGCAUACAUUUUGCUGCAAAGGACAGGAUUUCAUUUUUAAAGGGCUGAAUAGUAUUCCAUUUAGUAUAUACACAAGAAAUUCUUGAUGUCUUCAUCUGCUGGUGGAUACGUUGGUUGAUUCCAUAUCUUGGCCAUUGUUAACAGUGCUGCAGUAAUCAUGGUGGAGCAGGUAUCUCUUAGAUACAAUGAUUUCAUGUCUUUUGGACAUAUACUGAGUGUUGAGAUUGUUGAGUCAUAUGGCAGUUCUAUUCUUAGUUUUUAGAAAUCUCCACAGUGUUUGCUGCAGUGGUUGUACUCAUUUGGAUUCCCAUGCUCCGUAUACGAGAGUUCUCCUUUCUCCAUAUCCUUGGGAGAAUUUUUUACUUUUUCUUUAUGAUUGGCAUUCUAGCAUUAUGUGGUGAUAUCUCUUUGGGGUUUUGAUUCGCAUGUCUUUUUUAAAGUUUUUUUAUUAAUUUAUUUGAGAGACAGAGUUAACAGACACAGAGGGAGGCACACAAAGGUCUUCCAUACGCUGGUUCACUCCCCAGAUGGCUGCAAUGGCGAGAGCUGAGCCCAUCCAAAACCAGGAGCCAGGAGUUUCUUCCAGGUCUCCCACGUGGUUGCAGGGGCCCAAGCAGUUCAGCCAUCUUCCACUACUUUCCAGGCCAUAUUCAGGAUCAGAAGAAGAGCAUCCGGGACAUGAACCAGUGCCCACAUAGGAUGCUGGCCCUGCAGGCAGAGGCUUCGCCUACCGUGCCACAGUGUGAGCCCCUCUUUUCAUUUCUCUGAUGGCUAGUAAUAGUGUUUUUCAUAUAUUUGUUGGCCAUUUGUAUUUUUUCUUUUGAGAAUUGUCUUUUUAGGCCCCUUGUGCCCAUUUCUUAACUGCAUUGGAUGCUUGAUUUUGAGUUUGUUGAGUUCCUGAUAUAUUCUGAAUAUUAAUCCUUUGUUGGAUAAGUAGUUUGCAAGUAUUUUAUCCCUUUCCAUUGGUUGUUUAUUCACUCUAUUACUGUUUUCUUUGCUGUACAGAAGCUUCAGUGUUUGAUGUAGUCCCAUUCAUCUAGUUUUACUUUUGCUGCCUGAACUUCUGGGGUUUUAACCAAAAAGUCAUUGCCUCUACCACGUUUAAGAGAUGUCUCCCUAUGUUUUAUUCCAGCAAGUUUGUAUUUUCAGGUCUCAGUUUUAGGUCCUUGAUCCAUCUGAGUUGAUUUUUAUGUGUGGUGAAACGUAGACAUUUAAUUUCAUUCUUCUACAUAUGUAUAUCCGGUAUUGUCAGCACCACUUAUUGAAAAGACUAUGGGAUUCUCAUCAAAAAUCAUUUAGCUGUUAUGUAUGUAUGUUUGUAUUUAUGUAUUUUUUCUCUGUUUUCGUUGAUCUUUGUAUCCAUCUUCAUUCCAGGUUCAUCCUAUUUUAUUUACUAGACCUUUGUGAAAUCAGGUAUUGUUAUGCCCCCAGCUUUGUAUAAUUUUUCUUGUGUAGGGUCACUUUGGCUGCUCUGGGUCUUCUAUAAUUCCUUAUGAAUUUUAGAAUUUGUUGUUCUGACUGUAUAAAAAUGCCAUUGGUAUUUUGAUAGGACUUGCAUUGAAUCUGUAAAGUUCCUAAGGAAUAUGAACAUUUUAAUGUUAAUCCUUCUAAUUCAUGAACAGAGGAUGUCUUUCCAGUUUCAUGUGUCUUUGAUGAUUGUCAGCUUUCCCGCCAGCAGUGACUGUCCAGGACGCUGAUGAAGGGUUCACAGAGGAGACUGAGAAGAAUCAGGUUAAAUGCUCUUUAUUGAUACACCGACACUAGGAGGGAAGGCCACUCAGCUGGCUCCAGCGGGCACUAGGCUCUACAGACCAGGAGCUUCUCCCAGCGGGCACUAGGCUCUAUGGACCAGGAAGGGAGGCUGAGUAGUGCUCCGAUUUACAAGCUCUGAGGGUCUUCUUAAAUACACUUGUUUAGGGUCAGCGCUGCCUGUGUUCCCUCCCUUUGGGCCCCGUAGUCAUGGCAGCAGCGGGUACAUAGUUACAACCACUAUUUGCUGUUAGGCCAUUUCCUCUUGCAAGCUUUGCUACAGUGCAGUUUCUUUCCCUGAUAAAUGAUCAGUUUCGCUCCCUUGUCUUUUUCUUUAAAUGCUCUCCUAGCCCUGUAAAGCCCAUUGAGCCGUUGGGCCAAAGGGGUGAACAUUCUUGAGCAUAUCCCGGAUUGAUUUCCAGAUCUGAAGUCUUCUUUUUCUUCUUCUUAUUCCAUUUCCGGUGGGUUGGGUUCCUCUCGGAAGGCCAGGUAUCCCUUGGCGAAAUUUUGUCCAGUUGAGAAAGAGGUGCUGUGAGAUAGGCAAGCAUACAAGGACUAUACAAAAUAUUGCUCCUAUUUUAAACCAUUUCCAGGAUGGGAGCCAAGAGGAAACUGUGUCAGUCAGAGUAUUUAUUGUCUGUUCCACUGUUUUGACUUGACCUACCUUAAAUGCUGCUAUAUUUUGAAGCUGUAUUAUAUCUCUUAGUAAUGUUAGCCUCAAGAUGAGCGGUUGCAUUUACCCACUGUAGCCAGGUAGAGUGGUUGUGUUUGAACAUAUCAGAUAGUUGUGUUGCAUUAGGAAUGGAUAGAUUGUUCAAUGGAAUGGUGGCAAACUCUUCCAGUAGUUUCACACUUGAGUUCUCUUUCCAAAGCUAGUAUGGUAAUUAUCUGUUCUAUUUGUACCGCGUGUGGUUCGAGCAUUUGGAGCCCCAUAGCAUGUGUCUUAAGCAGUGCUGACUGGUCACCUAGCUGAGCCUGCUGCUCCUGAAUUAUCUUCAGAAGGGACUCUAAAGCAUCUCCCUGUAUUUGGGUAGUGCUUAGAGCCAGUGCUGCAGUCACAACACCAGCUACCGUGGCUGCUGACACUGCUGUAGUGACAAUGGCUGCUGUUACUCCAAAGUCUCUUUUUUUGCACAUUGGUUUUAUUGGUAUGGUCAAAUCAGACAUAUUUACUGGCACAUAUGUGAAGGGAGUUGCCUUUACCACCAUAUAUGCAGCCAAGAAUGUUGUCAUUCUCUUUUCCCAUUCCAGGUCCCUUAUGUAACAAUGGAUCUCCUUUUUAGAAUCUAAUGGAUGUGUGCAUCUAGCAUAUAAUACCUCCCCUUCGGUCCUGCAUGUCCAGUUUCCUGGGUCUUCCCUUACUGAAGUUUUUACAGAAUGUUUGUGGAACAUUUCAUAUCCUGCCUGCCAAAAACAAUGUAUUGACUGAUUAUUACUUGGAGGUCUGCAUCUAAUAUACCUAUGCUCUGAGCCAUUUUUACAAAUAAAAGAGACAGAAAACUCAUCUUGAAUUGUUGACCAUUGUAUUUGAUAUGUCUCGUUCAUAUACAUGCUAUAUCCAAAGUCUGGAGUUGAUAAAUUGUAGGGUGUGUUUGAUUCGUUAAGGUAGUAACUCUCAUUUUCAUAAUAGAAGGAGCACUCUACAUGACUAAUUCUCUCUAGAUCCUUUUCUUGUCCCUCCCCUAUUUGGACUCCCCUGUUUUGUUUGGAGGUCAUCCACACUAAAGAGUCCUUUACAGCUACCCAAGAGCAAUUGAUAUGCCCCUGGAUCUUUGUUAUAGUAAGACUGGGAUCUAUGUCAUGGGCAAAUGCAGUUUCCCAUUCUGAGUAAUCCAUCCUCUCCUUAGUAUUAUUAACAUACGGUUCUAAAUAUGAAUGUUCUAACCCUAAUAGGGUUAGAUCUGGCCCUAAGAAAGGUAUUUCUUCUGUGCACGUUGUUGCUACCCACGCAGUACAGUUAGGCUUUCCCCAGUAAAAUUUGUCAUCUCUGCUCAGGCUAUAUGUCUUAUAUUCUAAGCAUUUAUUAAGGCAAAUGUGGGUCUGACACACAGUCUACUUAAUCCUGCUUCAAACAUUGUUUGUUUCAACUCAUCACAUGCUUCAUAAAUAGUUCCUUCUAGUGGGCAUCCUCUCAUUGUGUAAGUUAAGGGGGUAUUUUUCUUAAUCUCUGUGAUGUCUAUACAUUCCAUGGAUCCUGCAUCAGUCAAAAGAAUAUACUUUGUUUUGUUUUGUUACUAGAUUUAAGGGCCCUGUCAAUUUUGGUGCUACACUACUGCACAUCCAAUUUGUAUAAUUGUGUGCUUGACAAGUAUAAUUACCGCAUUCUACUUUAGACCGUUUACAGUUGCUACAGAAAAAUUGUUCAAUUAAGUCUCUCCAAGGUCCCACCAAUUCCUUAGCAUGGAUUAACCAAGGAAUAGUAUAAUUUUUUACUUUCGUCUUAAUGAGGGAUAGAGUCCCUGUGGGCUCACAUCCUGACCUUGGUAUGUUUGAUUCACAGGUAAAGGGUACAUUAUUAAUAUCAGGGUGUGUAUAGGCUGGUGGGUUUUCUACUAAGCCUAACACUUGUUUUUCUGUUUUUACCCUGGGCAAUAUAAUUAAGAUGAUAAUUGUCAUUAUUAAUCCAUAAGCUCUGAGCAUAGGUAGUUCAAAUCUUUCCCACAAUCUCAUUAAGUUACCUAAUACUUUAAAUUGUUUAAGUGUUUGCUUACCUUCAAUUAACUUACCUUUAUCUGGGUCCCAUCUCUUUAAUUCUUCUUUUAGCUGUUGUAGAUGUUCUUGUAGUCGGGCUGCUAAUUCAUCUUGUUGGUCCUCAGACAAUCCCUCAACAGGAUUUAUAAGUGGUGUAUUUUCUUCCUCACUUAAUUGUUUAAGUAUAUACUGUUCAUAGAGGUCUUUAGCUUCUCUUCCUUUAAUGUACAUUUCUCCAUUUGCUGCUGCUGUUGCCAUCUCUGGAGUUCUUUAGUCCUAGCUCUGGAAUAUGAAAUCCCUAAUUCUUUCUGUAAAAAGCACAACUGACAGUGGUAUCUGCAUUUCUUACAAACACAUGAAUUCUUUUGACAGGAUAAUUGCAAUUGAUAUUCCAUUAGUGCCUAAUUGGAAAUUCCCAAGUCUUGAGGUAAGACCAACACUUAUAUAUGUCCUUAUAUAGGCGAGAAUAUCCAAAGGUUCCUUUAUGUGUGCAUGCUUCAGAAGGAAAAUCAAUGGUUGUUACAAUGUGUACGCUAAGGCUGCCAAUCUUUGCAAUGUUCCUUGAGGUGUUAAGCAGUACACCAAAAGUACUCUAUACAUCACACCUUCUUCCAGUUUUCCUGUUCUAAUCACCUUUUUCCAAUUUUUACUUUUCUUGCAAUACCAGCAACUAGUUGCCCUCGAAGCAAGCCCAUACAUUCCAGGUACCCAUCGUUGCUCUGCUAAUGGUCUAACAUCCCUGUCAAAUUUCCCAUAUUUUCCAUUUGCUGUUAUUAUAGUCCUAGUAUCUUUGGUUGUUAGAAUAGCACUAGUCCAUAGCCAGUGAUCAUACAAUUUUUCACUAGGUUUCUAUGGGGGAUUUCGUAUGGAUCUUCUUCUAAUUUAUAAGCUAAACAUAUUCGGUUGUUUCUUGUGCAAUCUCUAACUUGUGUCUUCUCGAGCUGGAACUACCCUAACAUGUCUGUGGGGCAAGCUAAUAAUCCCCUUUUCAGGUGUGUCAAUCACUACUGCUCCUUCUCCUCUCCAAAGGGUGGUAGUGGGCCCUUUCCAGUCUUUACUGUUCGGUAAUCUAUAAAAGCAAGAAUAUUUUUCUGCAUGUAGUUUUUGUAAUGCUAGCUUUUGAUUAGAAGCAGUCCAUUGUUGAUAAUAAUAUCUCUCCAUUGGGGUGUAUCCUAUUCCUCCCCUUCUUUUUGGUUAAGAGCUAUUAGUACCAACUGUAAUUGAGCCUCAAUAGUCUGCACCUCGUCCGUAAAUUUGUCCAUCGUACUUUUCAAUGUUUGAUUGGCUCGCUCUAUCAUUCCCUGGUGUUGUGGGCAAUAUGGAGUACCAGUUGUAUGGUUGAUAUUUAAGUAUUUACAUAGUCCCUCAACAAAAAAACAGAGAAACAGUCUGCCUUACUCACCUUUCCAAUGUAUCUGAGUCCAUCCAAAUCAUGGCACCAAUGAUGCUGCAGGAAUUUCAAGUCCAUUCUUUGUCUCACAGCAAUAAAUAAUCCCAACAUGGAUCAUGAGAGUGGGGGAGCAAAGCAAAAGUAGGUUUUCUUGAGAAAAUGAUACUCCUGCUAGCCGGGGGGGGGGGGAUAAGGGAGGGGUCCAAUAAGGCCUGGGUACAGGAAGUUUAAUUAGGGAGUGAUAUUAAUGGAUUCAUUUUUGAAACAGAAUCGGACACCACGUGUCUGUAUCUUCUCUCUUGGGAAAUGGUCAUGACCCCUAACCAUGAAAAAAUGUUACCUUAUUGACCAUCUGAAAAAUGGGACAGUAUAUUCCCUCUCUGCCUAUAAUUUCUCUUACUGCCUCCUCACCUUCCCUCCUCCCAGACAGGAUUCCAUGAAUACCCCUUCAUUGUUUCAUUUCUCAUAUAAGGGCCCCUCCUCUUGGGCAUUUCCCAAGAGGCUACUGAGAGGCCACUUUCUACUCUGGACUCAAGGGCUUUCCUCUGGGGCUUGCCGGAUACAACACAUCCAGGUGAAGAAUUUGAUGAUCCUCCUGCCAAUCCCCGGGCGACCCUUGCUCUUUUUAGCCUGAGUGUCUGAGGUCCCUGCCUCCUCCUCCUGCUCCUCUGCUGCUGCUGCUGUUUGCCUGGGAUGCUCUGAUUCUCUGAUGCUGCCUGGGGGCAGCUCCUGACUUCUAAAUCAUCCUCACUGCUGUUGGUGCUCAGUGUGGUGGAGAGGGAGGUCAGAGGAUCCUGGCUAAGGACUGCACAGUCAGCGGGGGUCCUUGUCAACAUGGCCAGUUGGGAACUAUCUAUCCUGCAGGACUCACUGCUACUCAUACCGGGAGUCUCAUGGCAAGGAUUCUGCCCCGAUUGGUCUUCUGCAAGUAUCAGUGGUUGGGAGCUGAGAGCAGCACACUCAUGGGCUCUGCUGUUGCAGCCUGAUUGUCCCUGGACGCAAUGGAGAAUGGGACUGCUUUGAACACUGGGGAUGGCAUUGAGGCAUGGGCUUCACUUUGUUGCGGUUCUUCUGAAGUCCUGGGGACAAGGCACUGGCUUGGAGCCUGGGUGGCAGGGAGCCUGCUUUAUGGUCCAGCUGGAAUCCCAGGUCCUCAAAAGACCUUAGAGCUUCAGGACCCUGAGGAGAUGCUAAAGUUUCCACUUCACUAUGUCCAUGUAUUUCCUGCAUGCUAAAGCCCUGCUGUUGGGAUUUCACCCAGUGUGGCACAGAAGACAAGGGGUCAUCCCGUUCUUUAAGGCACAAAUGAGAGCAUAGGCCCCCUGGGAAUUCCUGUAUUUCCUGUUCCUGGGGGAGAAACAGAAACUCUUCACUUGUUUCAGGUACUUCAUGUCCUGCACUGAGCCACUGGUAGCUCAUGGUGUCUGCCACUACGGGCCUCACCUCCGGGUCAUGGGUCAGUAACCUUUCCAACAGGUUACUAAGCUCUAGGUUUACACAGGUGAGAAUUUGGUAGUGUCCGGACAGGAUGUUUUCCUUGAGCUGCACAAAAUCCUCCCCGUCAAAAGGUAGUGACCAUGUCACCAUGGUGUACAGGACCACGCCCAGACUCCAGACAUCAGCCUUGUACCUACUGAACUCCUCCUCUAAGAAUUCCUCAGGGGCACAAUACUCAAAUGUCCCACACAAAUCUUUCAGGUUUUCUCCAUCAGCCAAUUUGCAGCUGAGCCCCAAAUCGGUCAACUUAAUAUUUAGAUUGGCAUCUAGAAGGAGAUUUUCUAACUUUAAAUCUCUGUGCAUGAUACGCUGCUCAUGGCAGUAAUGCACAGCUAAUAAAGUUUGGUUAAACAGCCUAUGUAUCUCUUCAUCCUGUAGGCAGCCUUUCUCUAUCAUGUACCACCUAAGGUCCCCCCGAUCACAUACUCCAUAAAAAUGUAGGCUCUCUCUGUCGUGUGCCUUAGCUGCAACAGUUUUAUAAUGUGAGGGUGAUGCAGCCCCUUCAUUAUUUCUGCUUCUGCCUGCUGCUCGCUACAGGGCAGCAGGUCUGAUGGAGCUCCUCAGGGCCAGCCUACGGAGCUUGGAGGCCUAACGGGAUGAUGAGUGUUGGCGGCAAAGGAACCACACCAGAGCUGGGAGAUCAGUCAAUGCCCAGGGCGCAGCCGGGUUCUCAACUUUUUUGGGAGGGGGAAAAGCUUUUAUAGACACAAAAAGGGGGCUGUCCAAGGCACAAGGGAACUGAGCCAACCAGCUGAAAGGUCAGGCAGGACACGAGCCGGGCACGCCCUCAAGGGCCUAUCACAUAUACUGUUCACGAGUACGGAAGUCUCCUGUCAGGCUAGGUACCUCCUCCUGUUGACUAACAAGGGCCUGGUACCUGACUUCCAGCUGGUUGACUUGGGUUGAACGAAGCUGUUUUCUAACAAAGGAACCUAAGGCGUUAACCACACAGGGGCCUAUUAGCAGAAGUGCAAUUAUGGCAGUGAUUGGACCAAACAACGGCAGGAGGUGGGGCAGCCACCCUCCCCACAUCCCUCGCCAGCCAUUGUAAGAGUCCAUUAGGCAUCGCCGGCGACUUUCAAGGUUGUCUUGAAGUUGUUUAAUUCGAUCCUGGACAACUCCAGAUUGGUUAACAAAAAAGCAGCACUCCUCCUUGAGGAAGACACAAAGGCCUCCCUCCUUUGCCAUUAGUAAAUCCAAUCCUCUUCUGUUUUGAAGGACUACUGAGGCCAGGGAGGAGAUCAGUUCCUGUAAGACUCUAAGCAAUUGGGUUAUUUCUCGCAGGUCCCCGACAACCUGAGAAUGUAAUCGGUUGUUGAGAUAAAAGGCGGAGAUCCCAGCCACACCGGUACCCACCCCAGCCGAAACACCCAACCCCACAAGUAAGGGGAUAAGGGCCAGCGCCCGGGCUAUCCGGGCUUUUCUGGAGAGGGGAAUCGUAAGGGGCUCAGUAGCCAAGGCAAUUUCAACCUGUGGAGAAGCAACAAGACAGGGGAGCAGAUUUGAUCGCCUCUCAUGGUACGGGUUAAUAGAUGCUGGCAUAGGAAGGAAGCAUUUGCGAGUGCUCAGUAAGACUGAUUAGGCAGUAGAGUUGCAUUAUCUAUUUUUUUAUGUUUUUUUUUUUUUUGACAGGCAGAGUGGACAGUGAGAGACAGAGAGAAAGGUCUUCCUUUACCUUUGGCUUACCAUCCAAUGGCCGCUGCGGCUGGCGCGCUGUGGCCGGUGCAUCACGCCGAUCCAAAGCCAGGAGCUGGGUGCUUAUCCUGGUCUCCCAUGGGGUGCAGGGCCCAAGGACUUGGGCCAUCCUCCACUGCACUCCCUGGCCACAGCAGAGAGCUGGACUGGAAGAGGAGCAACCAGGACAGAAUCUGGCGCCCCAACCAGGAUUAGAACCCGGUGUGCCAGCGCCACAGGCGGAGGAUUAGCCUAUUGAGCUGCGGCACCAGCUGUAUUAUCUUUUUUUUUUUUUUUGACAGGCAGUGUCAAAAAAAAGGCCUGGUACCUGACUUCCAGCUGGUUGACAUGGGUUGAAUGAAGCUGUUUUCUAACAAAGGAACCUAAGGCGUUAACCACACAGGGAGAGAGACAGAAAGAAAGGUCUUCCUUUUGCUGCUGGUUCACCCACCAAUGGCCGCUGUGGCCGGCGCACCACGCUGAUACAAAGGCAGAAGCCAGGUGCUUCUCCUGGUCUCUCAUGGGGUUCAGGGCCCAAGGACUUGAGCCAUCCUCCACUGCCUUCCUGGGCCACAGCAGAGAGCUGGCCUGGAAGAGGGGCAACCGGGAAAGAAUCCAGCGCCCCGACCAGGACUAGAACCCGGUGUGCCGGCGCCCCAGGCGGAGGAUUAGCCUAUUGAGCCACGGCGCCGGCCUAAAGUCUCUUGCUUCUGCUUCAGCCCCUGGCUUCUGUCCCAGUCCCGGCCUUUGUAGCCACCUACAAAGAGGGGCACGGGACAGAGAGCUAGCCUUUAACUCCGUGCCAAUGAGCAUAAUAGGGGGUCUCCUUUGGUGAGGUACUGCGCAUAGCCAACAGCCUUGCCGGACAGGUAACGUGGAGGUGUUAAGCAGCUGGUAAGUAAGGUUGAGCAUCUCUAGUCAGGUCAAAAAGGGCUAUAUGGGCUAUUUUCCUUUUCCACAUUACUGAUUAGCUGGGAUGUAUUUUUGCUUGUUGAAGCACUUCCUCAAUGGGGGAGGAAGUAGGAGCAGGGAUCCAUACCUUUAUUGUUCUAAUGAGGCCCUAUGGAUCUCUUCCUUUCCCGCCCACUCGAAUUCCUGCAUCCUCUCCUGAGAGCCAUUUAGGAUCAUCGGAAUUUCUUAUAGUUUACUGGGUUGCAAGCUCCUCUUUUACAGGAGCUCCCCUUUGGGCGGAGUAGCUCCAAAGGACUCUUAAGCGACCCUGUGUGUGAAUGUGGGCAGCUCCAGUAGGGGCAGUACCUUCCUGGCUAUUCACACAGUCUCCCUUUUGUAAUGUUUUCCAGCAUAUGUAUUUAUGGUUAGUUGCAUAAGUUUUUUCCCAGUCUGCACAGGACCCCCACCUGGUAGUGGGUUGGCAGGCGUCAAAGUAAAGCUCAGCUUCCUUUGAGGUACAUUUGGAAGUGUUGAGGACUCCUGGAGGAUCGAUCCCGAUAGCCAAGAUCCGAAAUUCCCAGUGUCCCCCGCCGGAUGACGUCUCACCAGGCAACAGUUCCAAUAGCAGGGUUGGGAGGACCGCCCCUGCAACAGGUAGCCACAGGUGUCUCAUCAUUCCUGUGAAAAAGAGAGAGAGAGAUAACGCCUCAAGAGGGCUGGGCUCUUGGAUUAAGGUCAUUAAUAAGGUCAGUGGGGGGAAGGUGUUUGAGGUCUCUGGCCAGGACCCAGAUGGGCUUGUCUUCAUUUUGGGGGAAGACACAUCCAAAGCCUCUGCCUGCCGUUAGGAGUGGGUCAGGGCCCCUCCAGGCCCCCGUGAGGGGGUUCUCUCCAUCGGACCUUGGACCUUAACAGUGGAGUACUUAAGAGUAGUUGUCCAGUGUCGCUGGAAAGGAGUGAGGUUGUCAGUCUUUGAAAAAUUUAAAAUAUUUAAGGUGCAUAAUGCCAUCUUUAGCUGGUCAUGAGGGGGUGUUACUCCCCCUUUUUGUUUUAUAAGUUGGGCCUUUAAUGUUUUGUUUUGUCUUUCAGUGAUUGCCUGGCCCGCAGGGUUAUAGGGGAUACCAGUGAUAUGUUUAAUUUCCCAACACUUUAGAAAAGUAGCAAAUGAGGUGCUGGUAAAACAAGGUCCAUUAUCAGUUUUAAUUUGUUUAGGAAUGCCAAGAACCCCAAAGCAUUGUAAUAGAUGAUUGUUAGUGUGUUUAGCCUUUUCGCCUGUGUAGGCUGUAGCCCAGCAGGCAUUGAGAAAAGGUGUCAACAGUUACAAAAAUAUACUUAAGCUUUCCAUAAGAAGUGAAAUGGGUGACAUCAGUUUGCCAGGUGGUUGGGCGCCAGUCCACGAGGGUUGACCCCGGGCCCCUGUAAGGGAGGUAGCUGUAAGAAUGGUGAGCAGGACUUAGAAGUUCAGACGAUUUUCUUUAAUUCUUUAAUUGGGUCAUGGGGGUAUCGAUGUUGUAACCCCCUCCAAUUGACGUAAGGUCGUGAAAGGAGAUAGCCUCAUCUUGUGUAAGGUAGCACUGGGAUGAGGACGCUAAUGAAUCCGCAAUGGCAUUACCUUGAGACAAAAUAUCCGGGAGGUGGACAAGGCUUAGUCCUUGACUUCAGAAAGUUUCUGGUUUGAAUCCUUAAAGGAGUGAUAGGGUUAUCAUCAAGUUUAAUGUGUGAACAAGGGAGGUUGGGGAGUAGAUUGGCCAUGUAAAGACUAUCAGUAAACAGGUUAAAGGGUCCCUGUAUUGUUUUCAAGGCCAGGACAACGGCAUAAAGUUCCUUGAAUUGGGCUGACCCUUGAACAUAAUGAACUACUUUUUUUGGCACUUCUUGUCCCUGCAUAUGGGGUGGAAAGACAGCAAUUGCUGCUCCUAUUUUUCCCCUGUCAGUGAACACAGUGUGAAAGGAUGGGUCAGCUUCAGCCAAAAAUAAUUUGGGUAGUAUCCAGUCAAGUUUGGAGAAGGAGUUCAUCCAUUUAUAGGGGCCACAGUGGCAAUCAGUCUUCCCCGGGAAGCCUUCUAGAGCAAUUGCAAUGCAGGUAUUGUUUCGUUGCAACCACUCGAAAUCAGUCGACCAAAAUGGUACAACAAGGGUAUGUGGCUUAUGACCAAAGAGACGAUCGGACAGGUCCCUACCCUUUAUGAUGCAGUCAGCGAGGUGGUCUAGGGUGACACAGAUCUGGGGGGCCCCUCCCACGGACAGAUGAACCCAGUGGAUGGGUUCUCCAUCUUGAGCCAAAAGGCCGGUGAUGAGGGAUUUUCUGCUGAAGAUAUAGAAGAGUAGGUGCGUGGAAGGGUCAUAACGCCUCAGGCAGGAACAAUCUAUAUAGCCUGUUGGAGCUUAAGGAGAAUGUGUUGGUGUGUUUUUUCUAAAGCAAUAGUCUUAUACAAGGUACCUCCCUUAAGGAGGUCAAAUAGGGGAGUAAGCUCCUUGGGUUCGAAUAGGGAUCCGAGGUCUCACCCAGUUAAUUUCCUCAAGGAGUUUUUUUUUAACUGAGAUAAAGAAUAGGUUUGUUGGAUCUGAAGCUGCGGUCGAGUGGGGGAGACCAUAUCUAGUUCUUUUUUUUUUUUUUUUUUUUUUUGACAGGCAGAGUGGACAGUGAGAGAGACAGAGAGAAAGGUCUUCCUUUGCCGUUGGUUCACCCUCCAAUGGCCGCCGCGGUCAGCGCGCUGCGGCCGGCGCACCGCGCUGAUCCGAUGGCAGGAGCCAGGAGCCAGGUGCUUUUCCUGGUCUCCCAUGGGGUGCAGGGCCCAAGUACUUGGGCCAUCCUCCACUGCACUCCCGGGCCACAGCAGAGAGCUGGCCUGGAAGAGGGACAACCGGGACAGAAUCCGGCACCCCGACCGGGACUAGAACCCAGUGUGCCGGCGCCACAAGGCAGAGGAUUAGCCUAUUGAGCCGCGGCGCUGGCCGUAUCUAGUUCUAAGACAGCCCCAAGAACCUUAAAGGGGGGUACCUUUUGAACCUUUUCAGGGGCAAUCUGGAACCCAUGUUUAGUGAGCAAUUGUAAACAGGAGUAUCUGGGGACCUGGGAAGAUCCAAUCUGUAUCUGGGGACAAAGAGGGACUGCUGCAGAGUUCUCAUCCCAUCCGUAAGGUCUUUGGUCUCCUUCAAACUCCCGGAGGUUUGGCCUCGGAGCAGUUGAGACCUUCUGUAAUACGACCAUCUAAAUCUGUCCGUGGAAAUUCUGUACGGGCCCGUGUUUGUGUCCCCUCCCCCACCCCGGUGCUGCACAGUCUCCUCCCUGCCCCAGUUCCGCCCCUGGGGCCGCAGUUCCGCAUGGUGCCUCGCCUUUGCCAGCGCCUAGUAGCCGACUUAGAACUGGUGCGGACCAGUGGAUUCCAACUGUUUAAUUGAAACAAAGCAUAGCGAGGGCCGGUGGCGGGUGUUGAUGCAAUGUGAUUUCUGCCCAGUGCUCUUGAGUGUCAAAGUAAAGAAAUUCAGUGAAGUGCGGAGAAGCCAGCGGGAGCCCUGAGGGCCGGCUGCGGCAUCCGGUGAGCUCUUGCUGGCCCUCAAAAAUCCGGGGAAGAGGGUGUAAAUCUCUUGCCAGGCCAUGCCCAUAUCUCCAGCAGGUCUCCAAGGUGAACAGCCUUCUGGCAUGUUGGAACAAUGUAAAUGUUAAAAAGGACAAUUACAAUUGGGUUAAUUUCUGUAAAGGAAAGACUCCAUGUCUAUCAUCAGGCUCUGUUGGCUGGUCUCAAAGUGGCAGCAUGCAAGAUUGGCACAAAAUUCGAAUUUGGCCUUAGAGACUGGUGUGGACUGGGUAACUCUCCUCCCGCUUGCCUUAUCUCAGAAUUUGAACUUUACCUUAGAACCAGGUCUGGUCCAAAGUCUACUCUCCCUGUCUUAUCAAUGAAACAAAUCGGGUAUCCCACCCUUCUGAUGGCUCUUCUGUUUUAUCUCGUGCAAGCCAGAAGAUACUGCUUUGUAACUUGCUGAACUUAUUUUGCAGUUUGUUUUAACAAAUUUCUGGGUGGUCAGUACUCAGUGAAACAGUAAGGUAAUUAGCACUUGUUUUAGAUAAAUACAAUUUUAAUUUUAAUUAAAUUCAGAUACAGAUAUAUAAUAUCAGCAUCUUAAGUCAUUUAGGUGUAACUGCUAAUUUAAAUUGGGUAAAGACAAAUGAGAUAAGUGUCCAAAUGUAAACUUUGGUACUUUCAACACCUUAUGUUCUAUAGAAAAACUGUUUGAAUUUGCUAACAUGUUUUCAUAGAUUGUCCAUAUUAAAAAUAGUUCAACAUCACUUAAAAGUAAUUAAUGCUGAAAUUUGAUAUGUUACCUUGUUUGAAAAUGUGGUCUUGAUUUAAAGAUUUUUAAUAGGUUAUUUCAAAAUGUAAAGCAAGAAAAUUGACAGAUGAAAAACAUUACAAGUAUAAAAAUAAAAUGUUUCAAGUAAGUUAAAGAGGGUGUGUAAAAGUCACAAAAAGUUACAAGAAAAAAAUUUUUGGACACGAAACUAUUACUGAUUUUCUGUUCGAGCAAAAAGUUAAUCUGUUGUGUUCUCUUGAGGUCUCUGUUAAAUUCUAAUUGUUUAAAAACAACUGAGUUUUUAGUAAGAGCUAUGGGUUAUUUAAAUAUGUGCUUAUUUUCAAACCUUUAAAUAAUCACCUUGUAACAGUGAUCAAAUUUGGCCUGUAUUAUGUCAUGAUAUAAAAUAGUAUUGAUACAUAUCUGAAAAUUAUAAAGUCUGGUAAUCUAGCAUUACUAAACAUAAUGGUCAUCUUGGUGAAGGGGCCCCAGAGGCCUAAAAGAGUUAAGUGUGCCUUGUAAAAUCCUACAGGUGCUUUCAAAAAUGCUAUGUAAAGUAAAUAAGUGUCUCUUCUUGGUUAACAGGUUUGUAAUUUUAAAUAUGACAACGUAAGGUCUUUUGUCAUCCACAGUUUUGUAUAUCAGAUUUACUGCUCAUAAAACUAAAGCGUUGUUGGUUCUGUGUUUAACUGUCCUCCUAUAGGUUGCAAUGGACUUUUUCCAGCUACAUCUGUUGUAUUCAGUACUUUGGGAUGACUCUCUAAACUGAUAAAGCCAAUAAUGUAUUGCAGGUACCAACUGGGAAAAAAGUAUAGUUAACUGAGGUUACUAAGAUCAGAAAGUAAUUCAAAUCAAUUGGUGAUUUAUAAAAAAGGUUAUAGAUUCUAACAACUAUCACUGAAACUGCUUUAUUGUUCUGAUGUAUGUGACCCUGUAGUUUGCUGUGAAACUAAAUGCAUCUAACUAAUCAACUCCUCUGUAUCAUUUAUGUAUGUUUUUCUAAUGUCUCUGCGGGUCUAAAUGUUCUGUAUACAAGAAAGUUAUUUCAAGUGUUACAUAUUGCUGUAGAGCAUGAUUAUAUUGUAAUCUGUAACAGAAUGUUUCCCGUAAAUUUAAAAGGCUAAAGUUGCUCGAAAAUUCGUGUAACCUAAACCUUUGUAAACUUGUUAAAAGAAAAAAAAACUGAAAAUAUUUUAUAUACUUGUGCUUAAAUUUGCUGGUUAAACAAGCUACAGCAUGUUGGGUAUUUAAGAGAUGUUUCCGAGUACAUGUGUUCUUAAAAUUUGUGAAGGACAUUGGGCCUUCUGGUAGGUGUUUUCCUAAGUUGUUGUCUAAUAAUUGAAUCUGCUUGCUAAGUUUUCACUUGCUAUUACUCUUAAAAUGUUUGUGUAUGAAAGAACUGCGCUGCCUUUUUGACCCUAUUGCCAUGUAUGAUUAUUCCUUGUGAGAUUACUUAAUUACUUGGAUUAAAGACUAGCAUAGAAAAUUAAAGCCACUGCCAGGCAACACCACACAGAGUAACGUAUCUGUUUUGCCUCUGGUGGUGCAAGGUUUUCUAAGCAUGGCUGGUAACUGGUAAGAUUUUGUAGUGACAGUCUGGCAAUAUCCUUGCAUAGCUAUUUGGGUAAGGACAUAAGUCAGUUCUGUUAAAGGUCAACCAUGUUCAGAAAUCAGAGUAGCUCAACCCAGCUAAAUAUUUAUAAGAAACAUGCCUAUAACUCUGGACUUAUAGUCUAGACAACACAAAUUAGAGGUGGGACUGAGCACUCCUUUGACUUGCAUUCUCUGGUCUACUUUAACAAGAACCAGGAGGAAAAGAAAACUGGACAUCAGAAGCAAUGUGAAGAUGGAUGGCAGGCCUAUUACAGGCAGCUGUGUACAGUGAUCUGCCCUCAGGGAGACCCAAUAGGCCAGGCCACUGCAGUGGCUUUUAAUGUGGUAAGCCUGGGCUUCAGCAGAAGUCAGCUUAUAAAGAGCCCUGGCAGCUCUGCCAGCCAGGAGUUGGAUCACUGGAAAUGGACCUGCCCAGGAAUCGAAGGACUUCAGGUCAGAGCCACAGAUCUUAUUGGCUCUAAGCUGAAAAUCCCUUCACUUGGCUCAGCCUUCAAAGUGACCGCCACUGUUGAGAGAAUGGACAAGUAGGGUCAGUAACAUUGCAGACAGAGCUUUAAAUUUGCUCUUGGAGAUGCCACCUACCUUUACCUGGCCAGCUCUCCUCCCAGGCCAGGUAAGUAAUGAAAGUCAACAGGGUGCCUUCCCCAAGGAGGUUCACACCUCCCUUAAAAUGUACCCUAUGUAAAAAGAUGGAUAGGUCUAGUGUUGCCAUUGAUUUCUCAACAAUGUUGCAGUGGAUUCGUUUCUGAGAGGAGCAGGGUGGUGGGGGCAAGAGGCGUGGAGUUACCACGCAGACCCCGGGAGUCCGGUGAAAGCAGGCUUGAGGCGAGCAGCCGGCAGACUCGUUUAUUUCAGUUGGUACAACAUCUUACAUAGCCAAGACCAGCCAGUCUGGUCAAGGGGCGGUCUAUGCCCCAACCAAUCACAGCCUGUUGCCAGGCAGUUUCCAAAGCCAUCCAAUCACAGCCUGUUGCCAGGCAGUUUCAAAUCCAUCCAAUCACAGCCUGUUGCCAGGCAGUUUCCAAAGCCAUCCAAUCACAGCCUGUUGCCAGGCAGUUUCCAAAGCCAUCCCUGAGUAACUGACGCUCGCUUGCCAGUGGCCACCUUGGCAUGGCCUUCUCAUUCCACCACAUUUCCCCCUUUUUGUUUAUUUUUGAGCAAUGGGAUGCAUGACUCUUGGUCCUACCAUUGUUGACCCCAUUUCCAUGUGGUCUCCUUACGCAGUUGUGCCUGUCUUAGGUUGUCCCCCAGGGGAUCUUACCCGUCAUUGACUAACCAGUGCUCAAAUCGAGAGAUCACAGGAUUGCUUGCUCAGAUAGGGGUAGGAAUGAGGAAUAAUGGUUAUCAGGAAUGGCAUGACCGCACACAGGCUGUGGGCCAUUUGAGUGGCUGACCAAAGCUAGUGGGGUACAAAACAGUAACAGAUGUGGCUAUGGGCAGUUUCUCAGGGUAGGAUGAUAGGGCAGGUGUGUCUGCUAACAAGGUGGGUUCUCAGUCUUGUUCAGCUGGUUCUUGUUGGCUGUCAGUUGCAGGCUUGAUGUUUCUGGCUGGUACCCAAAUGUGCUGUUCUGCAUUCUCUGGAAAGACACAAGCAUAUCCUCGACCUUUGGUUAGCAGAGGGUGUGGUCCUUUCCAUUCUCCUGUCAGGGUGUCUUUCCUCCUAACCAUAGGGGCUGGGGUCUGGAAUGGAAAGGAUCCCCAAUGUUUAUAAGCUGGGCUGAUCCCUGGGGAAUCAAAAGUAAGAAAAUUGAUAGUGAAAAGGACCUCAGUCAAAGCAAGCUGUGGGUCUGAGGGCAUAUGAUUAUUUUUUGUCUUUGUAAGAGAUCUUUAAUUGUCCUAUGAGUUCUUUCAGUAAUUGCCUGUCCCUGUGGGUUGUAUGGGAUACCUGUGGCAGACUGUAUGUUCCAAGAUUUCAGGAAGGAAUUAAAUUCCUGUGAUGUAUAUGCUGGCCCGUUAUCAGUCUUUAUGGUCCAGGGGACACCAAGGACCAGCAUGGCUGAUUUCACCACCUUUAUCACAUUACUAGCCUUUUCUCCAGAUUGGGCUGUUGCAAAUACAGCCUUUGAAUAAGUAUCUACCACCACAUGGACAAACUUAAGUUUACCAAAGGAAUUAAUGUGGGUGACGUCCACUUGCCAUAGUUUAUUAGGAGCAAGGCCUCACGGGUUCACUCCUGCUUGUUGCAGUGGGCCUAAUGGGGCGAGGGGUGCACAAUUCUUGCAAGAGUGCACUAGGUGUUUGCAUUGGCUCAUUGUUAGCUCUGGGAAAAGCAAUUUUAUGUUGCUUGCUGACAUAUGAAAUUUUUGGUGUAAAAUACGGGCUUGUUCUAAGUGUCCAAUGGAAGCCGUGUUGCAGGAGAUAAGACGAUCAACCUUUCUGUUGCCUUGGAAAAUAAAGCCAGGUAACCCAGUAUGUGAUCUUACGUGUGAGAUAUACCAUGGGUAUUUUCUGUUCUCAAUUAGCUCUUUAAGUGUUGUGACCAUCUGGUCAAUUGGCUUACUGAUCGGGUUAAAGACUGCAAAAGGGAUCGUCUUUGCUACCUGUACUGAGUAUUUGCUGUCCGAAAAUAUAUUUACCGGUCCAUCUUGGCUAAGGAGUAGAACCUUGACUAUUGCUUUUAUUUCUCCCAACUGUACUGAUCCCCCAUGGGGUUCUGCAUGGAUCUUAUCUUUUUCUGUUAAUCACUAUUCCAAAGAGUGACUUGUUGGCAUCCAUAAACGCACAUGGUGCCAUGGGUAUAGGUUGAUUAGCAGGGAAAGCAUGUUUUGGAUAGUCUAUUUCUAAGGUUUGUAGUGUCUGGAGUAGCCUGUCUGCUGGCAGGUGAUUGUCAAUCUGUCCUGGAAAAUUUAUCAUUAAAGUUUGAAAGAGCGUGCUAUUCUGCAUCAAUGUCGACAGUUCUAAUUGUGAUAGUGGUUGGACCACUAUGUCUGGCUCUGUGUUAAAUAUCUUACUGGUAUAAUAUCUUAAUUUAAGUCCCAUCAUAAGGAUGGCAUCUACUUUGUUUGCUAUUUUAGGACAAUCGCUCCAGGCUAUGUGCACCCAAAAAAGUGGUCCGUGUUGUUGCCAAAUAACUCCUAAGGGGGCCUUGAGGGUAGCUAUCGUUAUGGCAAAUAGAGGCACCUGAGGGUCAUAUCUAAAGGUUUUUAAAUUUGACAACUGGGUGUUAAUCUUUUCUAUAGUGGAUUUGGCUGCAGGUGUCAAUGUGAUUUUUGAGGAAGGGCUGUUUCCCUUAGUAAAUCGUGUAGCGGUCUAAGUUCUGCAGGUGUUGGCCGGCGCCGUGGCUCAAUAGGCUAAUCCUCCACCUUGCGGCGCCGGCACACCGGGUUCUAGUCCCGGUUGGGGCGCCGGAUUCUGUCCCGGUUGCCCCUCUUCCAGGCCAGCUCUCUGCUAUGGCCAGGGAGUGCAGUGGAGGAUGGCCCAGGUGCUUGGGCCCUGCACCCCAUGGGAGACCAGGAAAAGCACCUGGCUCCUGGCUCCUGCCAUCGGAUCAGCGCGGUGCGCCGGCUGCAGCGGUGGCCAUUGGAGGGUGAACCAACGGCAAAGGAAGACCUUUCUCUCUCUGUCUCUCUCACUGUCCACUCUGCCUAUCAAAAAUAAAAAAAAAAAAAAUAAAAAAAAAUAAAAAAUAAAAAGUUCUGCAGGUGUCUAGGGGAAGGAAGGGCUUCAGCCAAUUGAUUUGGCCACAUAGUUGCUGAAGUUCAUUAAGUGAGUAUUUAUGCUUGACUUUUAGGUUUGGGCCCAUUGGAGAUAUAUGGGAGGAGAUUUGAUAACCCAAGAAUUGAAAGGGAGGAAAAUGUUGUACUUUUUCUGUGGCAAUAGACAAACCCAGGAAUUGUAAAUUUCUUACUGUCUCACUUAGACAGGCAUUCAGAAUUGCUGCAUUCUUGUGAGCAAGUAAGAUAUCAUCCACAUAAUGUAUGACCAAGCACUGAUCUUUAAGUGUGCUGGUUGCAUGAGAAACGUAUCUUUGGCAAAUGGCAGGGCUAUUUUUCAUGCCUUGUGGGAGUACUGUCCACUGGAAUCUUUUUGCAGGGAGCUGGAAAUUGGGCUCCCAUACUGUAAAGGCAAAGUAAGCCUUAUCCUGCUCUAAUGGGAAUGGAAAAGAAGCAAUCUUUGAUAUCAAUGGUAACUAUGUGAUAUCCAUUAGGAAUGGCCCCUGGAUGGGGAAUGUCAGCCUGGAAUGUUCCCAUCUUUUUUAUAUUUUUGUUAAUAGCUUCUGAAAUCCUGUAGAAGCCUAUAUUUUCCCUGUUUUCUUUGGUAUCACAAAAAUGGGCGUGUUAUGAGGGCUAGUGGAGGGUUCUGUGUGUCCCUUUUCCAAUUGUUCCUGUACCAGUCUUUAAGGAUGCUUCAGAACGAAGUCAUCUUCCCUCACUCAAGAGAGGUGACGCUCCGGAGACACCGUGUGGCCAUAUGGCCUUGACCUAAUGAAUCAAGGAAGUCCCCCACUAGGCACAGGACAUACUUACGAUUUGAUACACCACUAUCUGUUUGUCUAACGUAGGGAAACCUCCUGCAAAAUGCCAUCAACAGCUGAGGUGCUAGGAAUUUGCUUUGUUAUGGCAGCAGUGCUGUACGUGUCUUUCCUUUGGCUAGAGUUGGCAUGCCAUGGGGCUCUUAAGUGCUCAGACAUGGGAAAGAUACCCCCCCUCUCAGAAUCCUGCGCAGAUUAUAAGACAUAGUGAAUUUGUGAGUGGUAAGAGCCUUACACUCCAGGCCUCUGCCUCACAGACAACAGUUGAUGACUUAGGGAGAGAGAGCUCCAACUGUGAAAAUAAGGUAGCAAAGAAUGUAGCAACGCCUAGUCAGCCACCCCCCACAUACCUGUGGGAUGAACUUAAAGGGCCUCUAGACAGUAACUCAUGCAAGGUCAUCCCAUCUGCAGCCAGUGAGGAUCCCCACAUUUGUGGCAGUACUCGGACACCCCACGCUCUUAGGGCAGCUUCUAGACCCCAUCCCACCCGCACAUUUGCUGUUAAUGUAGGAGCAGACACAAAAUUCAGACCCUGGACUCCAACAGCCAUAAAUGACCUAACUAUGUAAAAACGGCUUUCAUUGGGCAAAAGAUGGCAAGACCAAACCUUUAAACUCCCAGUGGGGCGGCCUUCAGCCCAGCAAGUAAGAGGGAGUCCCACUACCAUUAACUGGUCGAUGCCCAUCUUCAAUCUGAGGCUGAAAUUGACUCUAUAUUUAGAUGACAAUGGAGAUACAGGAACCAUCUUCCCACUAAUUGCUGAAGUUUUCAUGACCUUAUGGGGGAGAGAUGUACUCUCACAAAUACAAGCGGUCCUCACUACGGAUCACAAAUCUCUACAAGUCAGCAGCUUUAAUGGAGAACCUACAAGUAAGAUUCACCCCCAAUUCUAGGGGCCACUGCUCACCUCAUACAAAAGCCAAGCCCAAUCCCCAUGACUGGGAAAAAACAGGAAGUAUCUGGGUAGAACAGAACCGAAAGUAAAAGGAGGAGCCGAGAAGCGACGUACGCUUCUGGGUGGAGUGUGCCUAACCUGGGGUCACUUAGACCGAGGACAAGGACAAGGAAAGGGGCGUAGGAGGGGGUUCUGUGCUCACCCUCACAGAACCGAACAGCACACAAAACACCGAGGGGCCUACUUGCCGAAAUCCAGGGGGGACCUUGCCGAGUCCGACAUGCUGUCUUUCUCUCAGUCAAGUUGGCGUGCCAGAUGUUGCUGUUGAUUUCUCAGCAAUGUUGCAGUGGAUUCGUUUCUGAGAGGAGCAGUGUGGUGGGGGCAAGAGGCGCGGAGUCACCACACAGACCCCGGGAGUCAGGUGAAAGCAGGCUUGAGGGGAGCAGCCAGCAGACUCGUUUAUUUCAGUUGGUACAAUAUGUUAUAUAGCCAAGACCAGCCAAUCUCGUCAAGGGGCGGUCUGUGCCCCAACCAAUCACAGCCUGCUGCCAGGCAGUUUCCAAAGCCAUCCCUGAGUAACUGAUGCUCGCUUACCAGUGGCCACCUUGGCAUGGCCUUCUCAUUCCACCACAGUCUAGGUCCCUUAACUUACAAGGCCUAAAGCCACCAGGUUAUUAUCUAGCCCCUUUUAUCAGAUCCUCUUUGCCUCUCAGUCAGAAAACUUAUUUGUAACUUGGACAACACUUUUCUUGACUCCUGUAAUAGCAACUCUGUCCUUUGUUCUGGACCCUGUCUGGCCCACUCCUUGGCCUCAUUCCUUUGUAAUUUUGUUGCUUAUUAAAGUCAGUGUUUUAUAUACAUUCUGUACAUAUCCUUUGGGGGCAGCAGUAGUAUCUUUUAAACAGUAUUACCGUAAGUAGUGUACUUCACAGUGUAAAUUACCUUGUUUAAAACUGUGACUUUAACAUCUGUGUAAUUAGUGCAUAUGGUUUCUACUCUCCAUUAUCAAGAUAAUUCAUUAUUAGGUAAAUUUGGCUAGUAGGGAGUAUAGUUAUGUGAGCAGUGUUUCCUAUUAAAUAUCAACUACUGUCUCAGUUACACAUAGCAACAGCAGCUGCGCCUUGUUCAGGAAAAUAAAUGCACAAAGUUAAAAAGUUAAAGACAUGCUGCAAAUAACUAGUCAUUAUUCUGUGUAUAAAAGUAGAGCAGAAAUCAAACGCUGAGGAUUUCUGUAAAUUCUUUGUUCUAUGUAGUAGAUUGCCGUUUAUACUCCCAACAUGUGUGUACUGAUAACCCUCUCCCACACUGAGUGGCUUUUCUCCCGGUUUUGCCUGGAAUCUGCUUUAUUCUCACCCUGUCUCUAUACUACAGUGUCUGUUUAAGUAUUUACAGCUGGUGAUGGAGCAAACCAAGGCCUUCUGCAACCAGGCGAUCAACCAAGUGCUACUACAGGAAUGUGCUCAGCUCCCCACCCAGGAAACAGUGGCUUAAAACAUUGUCCCAUGGCAGCGAAGAGUGCCUCUUUUCUCCACGUCAGCAGAGGUGGCUCUGAGGAUGGAUCGUCAUCCCUCUGCACCUCUUGGACUUCUGGGACUGAUGUGGUGGGCUGUGCGCCACUGCUUUUCCGCAGAUCACUCGGGCCUAAUAAAAGAUAACAUGGCUGGCUAAGGUCAGGGAGGGGCUGGCAAAAUGAAAAAGAAUGGGAGGCCUCUCAGGGGUGGUUUGAGUCUUGGUUCAGUUCUUCUCCGUGGCAAGCCACCCUACUAUCAGGACUCAUAGGGCCCCUUGUUCUCCUGAUUUUAAUUUUAACCUUUGGCCCUUGCAUUGUUCACAAACUUGUACAGUUUAUGAAACAGAGAUUGGGCACCGUUGAAUUAAUGGUCCAACGGUCCCAAUAUAAAGCCUUAAACGUUUGUAAAACCAAUAAAAUGUCAGUCCAAACCCAUGAUUGGGUUUUUCUUUUUUUUUUUUUUUUAUUUUUUGACAGGCAGAGUGGACAGUGAGAGAGAGAGACAGAAAGGUCUUCCCUUGCCGUUGGUUCACCCUCCAAUGGCCGCCACGGUCAGCGCACUGCGGCCGGCGCACCGCGCUGAUCCGAUGGCAGGAGCCAGGUACUUCUCCUGGUCUCCCAUGGGUGCAGGGCCCAAGUACUUGGGCCAUCCUCCACUGCACUCCCUGGCCACAGCAGAGAGCUGGCCUGGAAGAUGGGCAACCGGGACAGAAUCCAGCGCCCCAACUGGGGCUAGAACCCGGGGUGCCGGCGCCGCAAGGCGGAUUAGCCUAGUGAGCCGCGGCGCCAGCCAAUUGGGUUUUUCAAACAUGUACAAAAACAAGGAGGGAUGAAGAGCCAAAGUGACUCCAUUUUAAAACAAUAAAAAAGCAGCCUCCUUUUCCCAUAGCAGACAAGAGUCUUUGUAAAAGCAGACAUUCAGGCAUUCUGGAGAUAUCAAAGCUUACCAGGGACAGCUAGCUCCGUAGACCAAGGACAGCACAGUAGAGAUUGCUAAACAAAGUAACUCCCUGUACCCAAAGCUCCUGUGCUGUAAGCCCCCGCUGUAACUCCCUGUGCCCAAAGCUUCCAUGCUGUAUGUAACUCUUUUUUCCUGCUGAUGUAGCCCUUUUUUUCUUUAAAAACUCUCCCAAACAAAGACCGGGGCCUCACUCCUUCCUCCACUGUGUGGGUUGGAUGGAUGGCAUCCCUGUCGCGGCUUGUACUCCUGAAUAAACCUUGCUUGUGCA